GCCCACACCGGCCGCCUGUUUCCAGGCGGGAGGGAGACGCCGUUAGCGCUGUGGAGGGUGCCCGGCGGUUCGCUUCCUGAGACCGGCUGGCCGCGGGGCCGCGCUGCCCCCGGCCGCCGCCAGCAUGCCCCACUUGGAAAACGUGGUGCUGUGCCGCGAGUCCCAAGUGUCCACGUUGCAGUCCCUGUUCGGAGAGAGACAUCAUUUCAGCUUUCCAUCCAUUUUUAUUUAUGGACAUACUGCCAGUGGAAAGACUUAUGUCACACAAACUUUAUUAAAAACUUUAGAGCUCCCACAUGUCUUUGUGAAUUGUGUUGAAUGUUUUACGCUGAGGCUGCUUUUGGAACAAAUUUUAAACAGGUUGAAUUAUCUUAGUUCUUCAGAGGAGGGAUGUUCUACUGAAAUAACCUGUGACACAUUUAAUGACUUUGUUCGCUUGUUUAAACAAGUAACCAACGCUAAAAAUCUCAAAGAUCAGACUGUAUAUAUUGUUCUAGAUAAAGCAGAGUAUCUAAGAGAUAUGGAAGCGAAUAUUUUGCCUGGGUUUCUUAGGUUACAAGAAUUGACUGAUAGAAAUGUGACUGUUAUCUUUCUCAGUGAAAUUAUUUGGGAAAAAUUCCGUCCAAAUACUGGAUGCUUUGAACCAUUUGUCUUGUACUUCCCUGAUUAUAGCAUAGGGAACCUUCAAAAGAUCCUGUCCCACGAUCAUCCUCCAGAGUAUUCAGCUGAUUUCUAUGCUGCUUACAUUAAUAUUCUUCUGGGAGUUUUCUACACUGUUUGCCGGGAUUUGAAAGAGCUCAGACAUCUGGCAGUACUUAAUUUUCCUAAAUAUUGUGAACCUGUGGUUAAAGGAGAAGCAAGUGAACGUGAUACUCGCAAACUCUGGAGAAAUAUCGAACCUCAUUUGAAGAAAGCCAUGCAGACUGUUUAUCUCAGGGAAAUAUCAAGUUCACAAUGGGAAAAGCUACAGCAAGAUGACCAAGAUCCAGGACAACUGGAAGGUCUCUCAGCAUAUACUCAUGUGGAACUUCCUUAUUACUCUAAGUUUAUUUUAAUUGCUGCAUACCUUGCUUCAUAUAAUCCAUCAAGAACCGACAAGAGGUUUUUCCUUAAGCAUCAUGGGAAAAUCAAGAAAACCAAUUUUCUAAAGAAACAUGAAAAGACAAGCAAUCAUCUCCUCGGACCAAAACCAUUUCCACUAGAUAGAUUAUUAGCAAUAUUAUAUAGUAUUGUGGACAGCAGAGUUGCUCCAACAGCAAAUAUAUUUUCCCAGAUUACCUCUCUAGUGACCUUGCAGCUAUUAACCCUGGUUGGCCAUGAUGACCAGCUUGAUGGACCAAAAUACAAAUGCACAGUAUCUCUAGACUUCAUCAGAGCUAUCGCUAGCCUGUGUGUAGAUCAUUCUCUGAAGAACAUAGGAAAGAAUGUUCAUGUGUCCAGACUACCUGACACCUGUUAUCCAGAUCACCUGACAUCAAUUAUCCAGACCACUAGAUAAAGAUUACCAUUUUGGACCAAUCCAGAAGUUAAGAAUGCAGGACUGAUUUUUUUUUUUUCUUCUUUCUUAAGAAUAUACUUUUUACUGUUAAGAGCUCUCAGCUUUUUUCUUUUCUUUGGAACACUUGAUAUUGUUAUAAUUUAACCCAGUUAUUAAUUAACUGGAAAGGAAGAGAGGGAAGGCCAAAUAUUACAUACAUGCCCAAUAAAUCCUAAAGGAGAGUGCUUGUCAGUCAUACCUGGGAACAGAGCAUUGGUAAGAGGAGUCAUAUAGGCACGACCACUGCAAGAGCCGGAGAUUUAAUAUUUAAACUCCUAAACAAAGAGGUUUCGUGUUGCUCUUGCUGCUGACGCCUGACUCCUGGCUUGCAGGGCUGUUAAAGCUCUGCACUCGCCCAGUGGCCUAUAGCUUUGUGGACCCCAUGGACUGAUGGACUGGAAUUAGUCUAAUGCUCUGCCAGACUCUCCACCAUGGAAAGGAAACUCUGAACACUAGCUUUGUUUAGUUCUGCUGGAUUCCUAACUGCACCUCUUCCAGGACUGGAUUAAGGUAAAUGGGACUUUGGAAACUGUGGGAUAUAACUACAUGCAAAUAAAAAUCAUUUAUUCUCCC